CAACACAGGGCAUAUAGUCGAAGUUACUGGCCUUUAAUCCAGAACUGCUAGCAGAUCAUCGAUGCUGCAUAAGCAGUUCAAGUAAAAAGAAGAAGAAGAAAUCAUAUUUCGCAGCCUCUACCCUGGAUUAUGGAUCAUUUGGACCUGGAUCACAACUCUUUGCCCUUGGCCGCAUUUUGUCGAACAUGUUUGACCAAGGACAAUCUAUCAGCUGAUGGUAGCAACAUGGUAUCGCUGUUUGAUGCCCACGAGAAAACUGGUGGACGGAGUCCGAAUGAACUGCUGGUGGAACUAUCUUUUCCACAAUUUAAGGUUACUCCGGAAGAUGGACUCCCACCGAAUAUCUGCUUAAACUGUCUAGACAAACUAACGUUUGCCCAUUCUUUCCGGCAGCAAUGUUACCAGGUUCAGAAGUUCUAUGACAGGUACCAGCUAAUUCCAGUAGAAACGAUGAAAUCUGAACAGGAUGCACUGAUUUUUAAGGGAUCAAAUAAUGAUUUCGCAUUAGAGCAAGCUUUUUCUAAAACGGAACAUGAAGACGAUGAUUUCCAAAACGAUUCAUCAACCAAAGAGAAACAAAGUCUAGAGUGCCCUGUAUGUCGAAAAUCAUUUCAAAGCGUGUCAAAUAGAAAUUCCCAUUUGCAGCUUCACGAUGACCACAUAUACGAGUGCGAACUUUGCGAUCUAACCUUCAAAAGCCGGGCUUAUCUCAAAAGACACUCGAAAACGGUCCAUACCACAGCUAAUCAUUCGUGUGAUCAGUGUGAUGCCACAUUCACGAGCACUGUCAAAUACGAGUAUCACCUCAAAAAACACGAACCGUUGAAAAAGUUUCGUUGCAGUUACUGUACCAAAUCGUUCCUUCAACAGCACCAUCUGCUGAACCACGAGAGAGUUCACACAGGCAAGGAGCCUUACCUGUGCAAUGUCUGCGGAAAAGCAUUUCGUCACGAGCCCAGUUUCAGAACGCAUUUGAAAAUUCACGAUGACGCCCGACAGUAUGUUUGUAAGCUGUGCUCCAAAAGCUUUGUUCAACGUAGUACCUAUCUACAGCAUGUGGCGAAACAUAGGAACGAUAGGUCGUUCCAGUGUGAACAAUGCGGAAAGAAAUUCGUGCAACGAGCUGCUUUGAUAAUACACUUCAAGACUCACUCGGUUCUAGCAUUAGAAUCUACCAUCAACCAAAAAGAAAUUGGCGACACACACAGCAAAUUUGGACCAAACCUCAAAAGCGAAGAAUCAAAGACGGCGAAAGUUAAAAGUUUACCGUACAUCUGUGAGAUUUGCAACAAGGCAUUCAAGUUACCAUCGUCGUUAACAUCUCAUUUGAAGGUUCAUAGCGAAGAAAGGAAAUACAUUUGUCAGGAUUGUGGUAACACCUUCAAGCGCGUUGAACAUCUACGUAUACACGUCAACGCGGUGCAUUUGAAAAAGAAACCUUACAGCUGUGAUAUAUGUGACAGAACUUUCGCCCAGUCUGGGGAUCGUAACGUUCAUAUGCGACGUCACACGGAAGACAAACCGUUUCAGUGCGAUUACUGCAACAAAAGCUUUCGUUUGGCGAAAGCUUUACGCGCACACAUGAGACUCCACACGGGCGAGAAACCAUUUGUUUGCGUAAUUUGUAACACUAGUUUCAUCUCAUAUAUGGCACUGGACUCUCACACUCAGAAACAACACAUGGAGACAAUGGAUAAUCACUUUUUGUCGGAUCAUGUGGGGAGUGCGGGGCUUUUAAAUUUCACCUCUCAUGCUACGGCAACAACCACAAUCGCUACGGUUCCGAUCGAUACCCCGCUGAACCAUGAUUCAAUGAUCUGUUUGGCCACAGAAUCUCGAAACAGUGAUAUUAUUCCGGAAAAUGGUCUGGGUACGGUAGUCGAUUCAGUAGAUGGAGUUGUCAACAAUCCCCGGAUUGUGUAUCUCGAUCGGGUAUGUCGCACUUGUCUGAUCGAGAAGGAAAAGGAUCAACUGAAGGAUCUGUACGACUUCUGUUUGGUGGACACUCUGAUGGCCUGCGUGGGCACCAUAACGAUCGAGGAAUCCGAUGGACUUCCCAGUCACAUUUGUCUGGCCUGUCUGCAGGAGGUGGAUCGGAUUCUGAGCUUUCGGCAGCAGUGCGAAAAGGCCGAUCAGGCGAUUCGUAAUCUGAUCGAAAAGUCAGUGGUCAUCAAGCAGGAUAGCGAAACCAAGUACGAGGUGUUGAAUGUGGUACUGACGGACGCCAACGGGAACACGGAAACUUCGGCGGUCGUUGUUCCGAUCGAGGAGCUGCGCUUCCAGCUGAUGAAUGGUGGAGCGACGUCGACCGGGGUAUGCGAGCGCACGGCACAGAUUGCUAUUCCUUCGAAGCCGGAAGCUAUUGAGCUUCCGGUUAUGGAACUGAACGAGGCAAUGGACCUGUCUGCGCCGAAUCAAGAAGAUGGAACAGAGCCACUUCCCAUAGCUAUCGCCAAAACCAGUCUGGAGUAUGAUGGUUUCCCAACCCCAACAGAACUACUGAUACCCGAUGUGGAAACUAUCGCUGAAGAUGGAGACUCUUUAAUAACGGUUAACCCAAGUGAAUUGUUGAACGAGUCCGUUCCAACUUCUGCGCUAGUCGUGGAAAACGAGCCUCUCGAAGCACAAGAUGAAGAUACGAACCAGCAAGAAUCUACUAUUUUAAAAAAUCUCAAACAAGAACUGUCUGAAUUCAUUAGCGAUGCCUGUGCAGGGCUUUCGAAGGAUCAAGACCUCGACGACAACGACGAUGACGAAAUGAUUCACGUAGAUUAUUUGAAGGAUGCCUUGACGGAGGAGUACAUCCAAACGAUGGAAAAGCAGUUGGCCUCUUCGGCAGUGCCGAAAAGUUCAGGCAAUCCAGCCCAGGACCGUUUGGAGCAGGAGAAUCUCGACAGCUUGAUAAACGAUCACCGCCUGGUGGUAAACGACGAAGGUGAACAGGAGCAUGACCAGCAGCUGGACUGCUCGGUAGAAGUGCUCGAGUCCGAAUUGGACCCCAGGAACCAGCACGUUGUCGAUUCCGAUUCUCGGUGUAAAAUCUGUGAUAAAACAUUCGACAGUGAGUCACAGCUGCGAAAGCAUAUGAAAAAACAUUCCGAUAAACAUUAUGAUUGCACUUAUUGUUUCCGCAAGUUCGCGGACCAGUCACAGCUUCGAAACCAUUUGGUGCGUCAUAAAGAGGGAAAAAUGCAUCCAUGUAAGCAUUGCGAUGCCAGCUUCGAGGAACGGUCGAUGCUGACCGCACACAUAAAAAGCCAUGCGAACGAGCGGCCGCACGCUUGUGAAACUUGUGGCAAACGAUUCAACACCAAGAGUUUGCUGAGCACCCAUCAGAAGAUUCAUACCGGGGAAAAGUCGCACAUUUGCACCACCUGUGGCAAAGGUUUUACCCUUUCGUGGCAGCUGAAGGCCCACACACGGGUGCACACCAACGAGAAACCGUUCGAAUGUCCCUACUGUCAGAAACGCUUCAACCAGAACGGUAAUCUGAUGAUACACAUUCGAAUCCACACCGGCGAGCGACCCUUCAAAUGUACCCAGUGCGAGAAGGCCUAUCCGAGCCAGGGCGAACUGAGCGUUCACAUGCGUCAGCACACUGGUGAGAAAAAGGCUAAGAAGAUAAUCUGCUCGAUCUGCCAGAAAGGGUUUGCCGGCAAGGGCGAUCUGAAGAUACACAUGCGAACACACACCAAGGAAAAACCGUACGGCUGUCAGCUGUGUGGACGAUCCUUCAUGUUACAUGUGCAUCUCGUCGUUCAUAUGCGUUCCCAUACGGGUGAGCGUCCUUACGCCUGUACUCUCUGUGAAAAAGCAUUUGCAACCAACUAUCAGCUGAAAAAUCACACCUAUGUCCACACCGGUGAGAAAAAUUUCGCCUGCGACGUAUGCAAUCGGAGAUUUAGCAGCUCGGCUAAUCGCAACACACACCGCAAGACGCACGAUAGGAAAAUUUCCUGACAAAAGUAUAUGUUCGUAGGUUAAGCGAAAAACAUUACCCCAAUGAUGAUGGUGAUCAAAAGCUGCUGUUUUCUUUGCAAAGGCUAAUGCAAAAAUUUCAAUUUUCAUCAUAUAGGCGAUUACUUCAUAAGAUUGACCAGUUUAACUGAGAAAAACACAAUUUUAAUGACACAUUGUGCUGUAGUAGCUUUGGUGGAGAAAAAAAUCUGUAUUGUAUCGUGUGAUUAUAUUCCGUUAGAACUUUCAAUUCAGUAGUGGAGUUGUGCGAAAACUCGCUCAAUGGUAACUUAAAAAAAUAUAAAAAAAAACUGCGUGCUUAUGAUGAUAACUUUUAACAAUCAGGAGUCAGGACACUUUCUCCUGAUAGGUAUUAUGUACCUACCACUAACUUAAAUCCAUACAGCUAUUUUAAGAAUUAUUUAGUAUGCUUACGAUGUACAACGCAAUAUCUUAUGAUUAACAAUCUCUCUACUAUUGUAUAAACCUAAAGUUCAAAUUAUAUUCGUAUGAAGCUAGCGAA